ACUGGGAGAUCUUGCAGGGAGCAGAGGCAUUUGAGACAGGGCACGCAUAUCUCAGCUGUGAGAGGCCCCACUCCCCCUGGCUGGCUGCGGUUGGCAUUCCAGAGCAGAGGCACAAAGGGUGUAAGGUGAAAGAAGAGUAAAGUCAACGUGGAAGAGGUGAAGAAAGUUGUAAGACAAGAAAAGGGACUGAGAACUGACAUUUGUGCAGCAUCAGUCGUGUGUUUUCAAGUGCAAGAGGUUCGUGUUUGAAGUUGGCAGCCAUGGCGAAUACAGGUGUCAAGCCAGAGCAUGUGGCUCUAGCAGCAGGUUCUUAUGAUGAUGAAGAAGUAGCCCUAGUGGGCGCCGCUGCCGAGCCGGCGGUAGAUGAUGACGACCCUGCCGAGGAGGUGGACCUCGUGCUGGCCCCUGGCUCUGGGGGCAAGAACGAAGCACAGAUAAAUGGCGUCAUGGUUCUGUCAUUGCUCGACAAGAUUAUCGGGGUGGUGGACCAGAUCCAGCAGACCCAGACUGGGCUGGAGGCACGGCAGGAGGCCAUGGAGAAGUCAGUGUCGAGCAUCCAGGGGGAGCUGGCUAAACUGACCAAGAACCACACCGGCACUACCAACACCGUGAACAAAAUGCUGGAAAAGGUGCGUAAGGUCAGCGUUAACGUCAAGACGGUGCGGAACAACUUAGAGAAGCAGGCAGUCCAGAUCAAGAAGCUGGAGGGCAACGAAAACGAGCUGCUCAAGAGGCGCAACUUCAAAGUCCUCAUCUACCAGGACCAAGUGAAGGCACCAAAAGUAGCCAAGCCCAAAGGCACAGAGACAGUAGUUGAAGCUGGAGCAGUGGAAGGCCUAAAGCAGAUACCUGAAGAAGAAGGUGAGGGUCUCCCAGCCAAUCUCAAUUCAGACGAGGAGGUGGAAAUUGAGGAGAUCAUUGAAGAGUCUCGUGCCGAGCGCAUCAAGCGCACCAGUAAGCAGCAAGUGGACAACAUAAAGAAAGCCUUCUCUAAAGAGAAAAUGGAGAAGACCAAACUAAAGACCAAGGAAAAAAUGGAGAAGACUAAGCAGAAAACCCGUGAGAACUUGGAGAAGACCAAGCACAAUCUGGAGAAGAAGAUUGGCAAGAUCGGGACCCGUAUGACCCCCAACCAGGAGCGCAGGGCAAAGAUAAAGACCUCUAAAGACAAGGUGAAGAAAUCCCUCACCCCUGACCACAAAAUCUACGCUCGCUCCAAGACCAGCGUCUACCGCGUGCCUCCUUUCACGUUCCACGUGAAGAAGAUCCGAGAAGGGGAGGCGGAGGUGGUGCAGAAUGUAGAGCUGGUGGAAACGUCCGAGGUCGAGGGCCAGCAGGGAGGUGAGGAGAACGGGCUGGACGUGCAUGUAGACGUGGACGAGGAGGAGCUGGUGAGUGUAGACAGCCCAGAGAAGGAGCAUCUUUUACAUGUGACGGAGGACUCUCUGAUGGUCGCCGUGGAGACAGACCACUUAAAGAAGGCCCAGAGUGAAUAAGGAGCAGCCAAGUGCUGCGGUGAUACGAUAAGAAGCAAGAAAGCAGCAAGAUAACGACGUUGGCGGAGUCUCAAUGAACAAGUCUAAUCACAAGGACACAAUAUUAAUUAUCAGGACUUUCUAGACACAAUAUGUAACAUCUCAUUAUUUCUCUUUUCUUUUUAUUGUACCAACAGGGAUGACUUUGAUAUUUCCGCUUCUUUAAUAUACACAUUAAAACGUAACGCUAGCCUUUAAGACACACUGCAGGCUUACGUCUGACUGAUGAGCCUAUCUUCUAGUCUAGGAUAUUUGCUUUGCUUGUUGUUUGAUAAAUUGAGUGCCAAAAGCAAAAAAAAAAAAAAAAAAGCUAUAACCUUUGCUAUUGAGAUGUAUAAUAUAAUAUAUUUCCUUAUUUGAAAUGCACAUCUGGAAGUUCCUAGUAUGUUUUAAAUUGUUACUGAUGGUUUUGGUUAUGUAAUGUGCAUGUGUGAAAAUGAAUUAACAAGUAGGCCAGGAACAAAAGAAAUAAUUAUAAUAAUAAUAAUUAAAAAAAACCACAGGAGAUGGGUCAAAUGGACACAGACUUGAGUGACUGUCUCACUCUUUUAGAAAGAAUAUUUUCACCAAUAUUUUAUGUAAUAUCUAACGGACUGUUAGUCCGUUAGAUAUUACAUAAAAUGUGUGUGUUUUUUGAAAACUGAAUACUUAUGGAUUGCCAAUCAAACGGGGGUUUUAUCCAGAAGGUGUUUUGUGAAAUCAGUCCAAAAUUUAAAAUAAAU